AUGAAACAAGACUCCCUUAGGCGCUUCGUGGUGGAACUCCCGAGCCUCUUGGACUUCGACCGCGUGGACGACAUCAAGACAAACGUUUUUAGGGCCCUUUACUAUGCCAUUUCCAAUGAUGGCCACUACUUGGACCAGUUAUUCCCAAAUAUCUCCCAUGUGGAACUCAUGGAUUUGCUAGAAAAAGAGUAUCCUAUUCAUCCCAAAGGCACUUCCGAGUUCUUUUCUGGCGUCGACCAGGAGCACCAGCCGUAUAGCCAUUCCAAAGGUUCCGCUUGUGCAAGGCCUUUUGAAGAUGGUGAACCGGUUUACCGGUGUGAACUGUGUGGAUUUGAUUCUAGCUGUGUACUAUGUGUUCACUGCUUCAACGAAGACGACCAUGUUGGCCACAACGUGCAAAUGUACAUUGCUAGCGAUAAUAAUGGGAUCUGUGAUUGUGGUGACCCAGAAGCGUUCCCCAGCACUUUGAGAUGCAAAUCCCAGCGCUUUGAAGAGGCGAUUCUCCCGUUGAGUGACGAUUUCCAGGAGGCCGUGGGUGACACCUUGACGGUGGUGCUCGACUAUAUUCUUGACGUGACAAACUUCUCUAUCACGAUGUUGCCGUUUAUUCACGACAACAUUAAUAAGCGACACAGCAUUUUGACGUCGGAGACAUUAUCGCACCGGUCGUCGUUACCGGCUGCCAAGUACGGCGUAGAGGACAAGAACAGCAAGCAGUGGUACUUGGUAUUGUGGAACGAUGAGUACCAUGAUUUUAACCAGGCUAAUAAUGGCAUCAUGUCUGCCACUGGCUACGACCAACAAAAGGCAUACCAGCUCGCCAAGCUCGUGAACCAGGACGGGCGGUGCGUUCUCAAGAAGGCUUCGGAUCCUACCGACCUACUUGAGUCGAUGGAUAAGGUUGAAGCUGGUGGUUUGGUGGCAAGUAUCAUUAGUGCUAGGGACUUCAUGAGAGAGGAAAUCAUUUAUUAUAUGUUUGAAUGGCUCCACGAGGUGUUGAACUUCAACUCAUUUGCCAGGUUCAGAGAAUGUGCCAAGUCGACAAUUGCCAGUUUGCUUUUGGAACCUGACUAUAAGUUUGCCGAAACGUUACCUACAACUUUGAUUGAAGAGCUUUCGAUUGACGUCCCAAGAAGAUGCUACGAGAAUGGUCUUUUAUAUGAGGGUCAGAUUGUCAAUUACGGUCAUACCACCCUCAAGUCCGAUUUCUCCAUCAAAGACCUUUCCAAACCCGUAUACCAGGUGCUUGAUCCUAGCCCUGAUUCUUUAUACAAUUCUAGGGCCCAGCACUUACUACUUUUCUCUCACCGAUUCAAGACCUCCAUCAGAAAGAGGUUUCAGGACAUCAUCGUCCCUCCCAUAGUAACAGCAAUUGUUCUGAAGACGGUGUUUUGCAAGCAGUACAUUCAGUUAUACCCUCAGUUAUUGACUUGUUUGGCAUUUUCUGAUAGAGAAGAGCACUUGAACAUUUGUUCGCAUCUCAGCAGCCAGUUGUUAACAUUCCCAACUUCUUGUCAAAACAUGUUGCAAUCUGAUCAGGUCGGUAACAUCGUGGGUCCGUUGGCACAAAUUAUCGAAGAGCAAGCUUCCAUUUGGAACUACGAGUCUGGAUACCCCAAUUUCUAUGAACCUACUACUACUGAUAAAAGCAAGAGCAGAUCUCUUUAUGAAGCCAUUUCCAGAGGAUUACAUGAUGUUGGUUAUGUAGUGGACGAAACCUUGGCUCCAAAACACUUCCACCGGUUGUUAAAAAGACAGAAUCUUGUUCCAUUAUUGUUGUUACUUCGUAACUUUCAAGGGUUUUGGACCAUAGAAAGAAAGUAUGGUGAACAUGUUGAGCGAGAGAUCUUGGAUUUUGUGGUUCACUUGCAGUAUUCCAUUCCAGUACUUAAAUUUGCUAAGUUAGUGGCUGAGGCCCCGGUGAAAGACCAGGAUUUAAUAUUGUCAGUUGCCGAAUUGGUAACCAACUUCUUGUUCUUGAGAAAAAUUGACCAGAAAGCUUUGGGAAUAGCCGACUUCAAAGUAAGCAAAGAAGCGGUUUCAUUCGUUCAUCCACUUAAUUCGUUCUUGUCAUUCUUCUUCCAAAGCCAUGAUACUGAAGUGUUUAUUGACUUCUGGAAGAACCUUAGUCGUCCUUUUAUGUCCAUUGCCGAUAUUUCCUUGAGAAGUAUAGUUUUAGGGUCUCAAGUCAAGGUAGGAUUUUGGAUCAGAAAUGGAAUUUCUGUUUCAAGGCAAGCCUCAUUGUAUAUCGACAGUGUAAUGGCUGACUGUGCUUACUUUAGAGACAUCCAUUUGAAUCAAAUUGCAGCUGUUAUAGACGAUGAAGGCUCUACCUUGUAUAAUUUUUUGGACAGAUGGGAACUUUUCUCUUGGUUUGUGGGUGAUGUUGGAUUUAACGAGACUGUCUAUGAAGAUAGAUUCAGUGCCAUUGUGGAAAAGUUUGUCAUAUUUCUCUACAAUUUAAUCGUUGACAGGACUCCAUUCUUGAACUUAACCAGAAACCAAAGAACUGAACGCACGGUAAAGAGAAUGAUGUGCUAUUCUUUGAGUGAGGCCCCUAAGUCGUAUUCUAAGAUCAAAGAGCGUAUUGAUCCAGAGAUUAACUCUCAUAAGAACUUUGAUGAAUGGCUUGAAGAAUGUGCCGAGUACCAGUCCCCAAGCAGUUUGGUUGACUCGGGAAUGUACCGUUUAAAACCAGAGUUGUACUUGACCUUGGAUCCUUAUAGUGUUUACUUGGAUUCGAGUAGAUCACAAGAGGUUUCGGAUAUCAUUCUCAAAAUAAUUGCUAAGUCUCCCGAAAUCAUGGAAAGAAAUGUUAUCAAACCAAACAUUAUAUACUCAGGAAACCAUUACGUUGAUGAUCGUAUUGCAAGAUUUACCAAAACCAACUACUUUGCAAAAUUGGUCUACAAGCUUUUGAAGGUUGCAAUUGAGAAUAAAGAUGAAACUUACUUGGCACCCUUGCUUCACUUAUUUCAUGCCGUGUUGUUAGAUGGUGAACAUGAAGAUUCUCAAAGUGGAGUCGUUGACUGCUUUGUAGAUAUUCCAAUUGGUGAUUUGUUGAUGUCUAUUACUGAAUCAACUUUGUCCAAGCAUUUGGUUGCGAAAGCAGAUUACUUAUUAAACAUGCUUAUAACAAAGGAUCAAAGGGUAGUAGACUCCUUGGUGAAUUGCUUUGGCAAAGAGCAUAUUGAUAAUUAUAUCAAGAAGAAAUCAGGAAGCAUCGAAUCUGUCAAAAAUAAGAGUAAAAGAUUAGCUUCCCAAAGAGCUGCCAAAGUAAUGAAAAAGUUUGCGAUGCAAAGAAAGAAAUUCCUUGAUCAAAACUCAGAUUUGAACUUUGAGAACUUAAAACCAGAACCAGAAACAAAUAUUGAAUUAAGAAAUUGUGUGUUAUGUGGUGAUCGUGAGUCGACGGAUGAAAUCUUUGGUAUCUUAGGUAACACUCUUAACUCAUCUAUUUUGUGGAAGAUACCUCCUGAUGACCCUACUGCUAUCAAGGCAGCAUUCACAAGGUAUGAUGAUGCAGAUAAAUCUGAUGAUGCUGUUUAUGGAACGGGAUUCAGAUACCCAAAAGGACCUCUUUCCCCUGGUAAUCCAAGUGAGUACAGAACUUUGAAUAGUAAGAAGUACGAUGCUUUUGUUGCUUCAAGUUGCAGCCACGGGAUGCAUUACACUUGUUUUAAACGUUUGAGUGGACGGAGCAGUAUAUUCCCUUGCCCUUUGUGCCAUACCAUACAAAACAUUUUUAUUCCCAGCUUCUUACCUCCUUCACAAAAGUCUGGAUUGACCAUUGACGAGUUGAACAGUGAACCUAUCGUCAACAAAUAUAACCAGAUAUUAAAUUCCAGCAGUGAGAAUAAAAGCAGCCUUCUUAUCGAGAGAUUUUUUAAUGAGAAGUUCACAGAACUGUCUUACUUGGCCCUCAGAAGAAAUCUUGAAGCAUUUUCAGAGGAUUUCAACCUCAAAUUGAAGAAGGGCAAUUUCUUGGCCGGCCUGAAUCAGAAAAUCGAGUACAUCAACACCCUUUGCAAACUUUCAACCUUGGUAGCAGAUACCAUCAGAAUGAACGAAAUAACAACCCGAUUGAAUGGCAAAGAAGGAUAUGCCAAUUUUGUUGAAGCUAUUCCUGCUACAACGAAGACAUUGCUCAAAUCUUUGAUUCAGUGUAGAGCUUUGUUGUACGAGCUUCGUGAAAUGCCAAAUUUGUUGGGUAGCAGCUCUGACUUACAACAGUGCAUCGAGAAGUUCUGGUCCUCAGAAUACUUGAUAGACGGUGUCUUCAAUGAAGUGGUAAUGUUGUUUUUCCAAACAGAUGAAUCCUUCAGGACUUUAGCAUAUGUUGGGUUCAUCAAGAUGUUCACUCUUUGUUUCUAUUCCGUUGCCUUAAGAUGCAAGAGUCUGUUCUUUUUGAACCAAAUCAAAGAGAUUUCUCGCAUUAGUCUUGAUGACGAUCUUGUACGUGGUUUGGAUGUGAUAUUCGAUCGUGGCAGGUCUUUGGUAAUUGAGUACGCUGUGGAAGAGAAGAAGGCUGAUUUUUUAACAUCCAUAUACCAUGCAGUUGAGAAGUGUAUGGUUCCAUUUUUGAAGCAGUUGAUAAUCUUUAAAGAUGUGUUGACUUCCACCAAUGAAGGAGACAACAACCACAUUAGUAUACCUGAUAUUCAGGACCUCCCAGGUGAAAUAAGGGCCCAAGGACGCCUUGAUUGCGUCGAUGCCUUGUGUCAAAAUCUACAACUUCCGACCUUGAAAGAACUUGUAGGCCUCAUCUCCAAAGAUGAAGGCUUCGAGUUUAAAACUUUUGAUGUGAUCCUCAAUGCCAAAAUUCCAAAAUACUUUGAAUCAGGCGUAUUGACUCUUGAUUUCCCGGGAACAGUUAAGUUGAUCGACUUACCUAAAGACUACAUUUCAUGUAUUCUUAACCACAAUAAGAAAGGAAGAAGUGGCACGUACGAUAACUAUAUCUGUCUCCAUUGUGGGGCUCAACUUUCUACUAACAGGUACUAUAAACACACUAGGAAAUGCUCCAGUAGCACCUGUGUGUUUUUCCAUCCUUCUAAGAACAAUAUCAGAGUUGUGACCCAUGUUGGAGGCGGGCAAGUGACAUUAUUGAUGCCUGGACCGUAUCUUACCGCUCAUGGUGAAGUCAAAAACCCUGUAAGUACCGAAAAAGCCACUCUUAAUCAGUUUCGAUAUAAUGAGUUGAAUAAACUGUGGUUGAACCAAGGUCUCUACAGCUUUGUGACCAGAACUUUAUACGGUUCAAGGCAAACCAAUGUCGAAGGUGUUUUUGUGCCUCCAACUACUGGUGUGAAUAAUUUGAAUUUUGCAAACGCAGAAACAAAUCUUGAUGAGGAAAGCAGCGAAGACGAAUACGAAGAUUUCUUUGCUCCUUUCGCUUGGUAG